GUUUGUGCUGGCGUGGUAUGUCUUUGUAGGUCGCUUUUGCCAUGGCUCGUACCAAGCAGACAGCGCGCAAGUCGACGGGCGGCAAGGCCCCGCGCAAGCAGCUGGCCACCAAGGCGGCCCGCAAGAGCGCGCCGGCCACCGGCGGCGUCAAGAAGCCGCACCGCUACCGGCCCGGCACGGUGGCCCUGCGCGAGAUCCGCCGCUACCAGAAGUCCACCGAGCUGCUGAUCCGCAAGCUGCCGUUCCAGCGGCUGGUGCGCGAGAUCGCGCAGGACUUCAAGACCGACCUGCGCUUCCAGAGCUCGGCCGUGAUGGCGCUGCAGGAGGCGUGCGAGGCCUACCUGGUGGGGCUCUUCGAGGACACCAACUUUGCUUUCCUGAAAGCCAUGUCUGGCCGAGGCAAAGGCGGGAAGGGCCUGGGCAAGGGGGGCGCCAAGCGCCACCGCAAGGUGCUGCGCGACAACAUCCAGGGCAUCACGAAGCCCGCCAUCCGGCGGCUGGCCCGGCGCGGCGGCGUCAAGCGCAUCUCCGGCCUCAUCUACGAGGAGACCCGCGGGGUGCUCAAGGUGUUCCUGGAGAACGUGAUCCGGGACGCCGUCACCUACACGGAGCACGCCAAGCGCAAGACGGUCACGGCCAUGGACGUGGUGUACGCGCUCAAGCGCCAGGGCCGCACCCUCUACGGCUUCGGGGGCUAACUUGCCGGGUUUCGCCACGAGAAUGUUUCAUUUCUCAACCAAAGGCCCUUUUCAGGGCCACCCAACUGUUCAAAGAAAGAGCUGUCCCAAACGAACAGGGCACUUGAGCCUACCAGCUCUGUACUCUAUUUAGAAUCCACAAUACUGACACCGAAACCCAGAAGGUUGUGGGAUUUUGAAAGGAAAACUUCAGUUCGAUAGUCGUAUGUGCCAAGGUAACUCCCUUAGCUCAAUGGUUUAUUUUAACCCGCCCCUCUGUUCCCAUUCACCGCAUACGAGCAGGGGAGUAGUGAUAUUCCAAGUCAAAAGUGAGGGAUAACCAAAGCAGGGUAAGCAACUUGGCAAGGGAUUCCAGGAACAAAGAGGAACAUUAUCCAAUCAGCAAGUCCCAUCCAUGGUUGUCAACCAAUCAGAACUGAUGAUCUCAUGUGUUCCCCCCGCCCCAGAGGCGAGCUGGAUUGGGGGAUGGGAAGGCUGACCAGAGACGCCAAAGCCUUGAUUUAGGAAUUUUAAAAAUGUCUUUUUGCGGAUUGUGAGAUAGACCUUAUC